AUGACCCUUCGCAAGACCAGCAAUGGCCGAAACACCAUCACUGAAGGAUGGCCGACCAAACCAACAGCGCCACGGGCUCCUUCACAGGGCCUUUCCAAACCUCUGCCACAAACGCCCUCAAUUGGAGCCGGGCAAGAGAUUCAGGGCGUGAAUGAGGGAAAUACUCGUUCUUUCUCAAGUCAUUCGGAAGAUUUCAAUAUGCUGGAUACACGUAGUGGUGAAAGACCGAAUGUCGUGCAAGGGCAAGCCAGCUCUCCUGCUGGACCACAGUUGCAAGAGGAACACGAUAAAUAUCGGGGAGACAUGACGCCUAGAUCCUCCAGUGAAACUGCGAGAGUAUGGCAAGAAAAAGUGGAUCCGUCCUAUCAUGUCAACCCUGAUGUAGUAACACCAGAGGAGCCGUAUCCAUCGAUCUCUAGUAAUCCAUUUCGUCGAGCUAAGGAUGACAAGCCUCCAGUUCUCGAUUUACCCAAUCUUGGUGUCGAAAGCAGUGCGGACAUCUGGGAUUUGGAUCCAAAGCCAGGAAGCACAAGUACCGAGUCACAAGGCGUUUUGAGGGAGCCAUGGACUUCUGUCCCAAAUGCGUCGUCUAGAUUUCCAGACGGAAUAGAGCCACACUGGCCUCGCGAGAGAUUGCUGAAUGAAACGAUUGAUGUUCCUUUUUCUACUUAUGCAGAGAGACCGCAAGGGAAGGCGCCAAAUGCAUCGAGGCCAAAAUCUAACGAAAUUGCGAGUGAAUUCUUUGACACUGGAAACAAAAUUGCUUCCGACGGCCUUGCUGGAACUCCUCCCAUCACCCACCACUUGAUCGCUUCUCCAGAAUUACCAACGAUACCUGUUUCGACGUCCGAAGCCGGUGAUUACAGCUUCGAGGACUCCCAAUUUCUUCUAGAUUUGAUAUCAAAUUCCGAUCAUUCCGAUACUGCGCACCCUCACGCAGCUGAGAUGGCACAGGUUUACGAAAUACGCAAAACUAUGUGGACUGAUCCGUCUUCUCCCAGCAAGCCGAUUCUUCUACCAGUAAUGAUGCAGAACACCAAUGGCCCUUGCCCUUUGCUAGCUCUUGUCAACGCCCUUGUGCUCUCAUGUCCAGGUUCCACGGGCUAUACCACACUCGCAGAUCGACUGAGGGAUCGCGAACAAGUGACGCUGGGCAACCUGAUCGAUUAUGUGAUUGAAGAGCUACUUCAUGGUGACCCAUACCGCCGCCAAAUACCUCUGCAUCGAUUCUAUGAACUCCUUGUGCGCCUCAACAAUGGAAUGAACGUCAACCCAAUUCUUCUCCCCCAGCAAGAACAGACAAGUAUCUUGGAUGCGCCGAUCUCGGAAUUGUCCAUUGAGGGACGCAUCUACGAAAUGAUCGCGGGCUUUAAGCCAAGUCUUGACUUGAAACUUUAUGGUACUUUCGGGGUUCCGCUGGUUCAUAGCUGGCUUGUAUCACCAGAUGAUGUAGCUUUUGAGUCGAUUAAGCGCAGUGCCUCAGACCAUGAACAAUCUCAAAAUAUUCUAGUCGAAAAGUUAGGGCUCGAGACGAGAUUGAAUACCGUAGGCUUGGAUACGCAAGAAAGAGAAUUGCUUGGAGAUGCCAUUUUUGUCAAGUCAUUCCUAGAUUCUACAGCAACCCAAACAUCUCCAUAUGGAUUGAAAUACCUUGCUCAAAAGCUUCGACCUGGUUCAGUCUCCAUUUACUUCCGAAAUAAUCACUUCAACACCCUGUACAAGCAUCGCGACACCAGUCAGCUUUUCACUCUCGUCACCGACGAGGGCUUAGCUAGCCGUUCAGAGGUCGUCUGGGAAAGCGUGGUGGACAUGAACGGCCAAGGGGGAAGCACAUUUUUCACUUGGGAGUUCAAUCCGGUCGGUGAUAUUGGUGAUAUCAGAGAAACGGUGACCGUAGAUAGACACGGAUGGCAGAGUGUCACGCGUGAGAUACAAAUGCCUACUGCAAACAUCGAGAACCUUAAUAUCGACGGAUCUCAAGCGGCUUCUGUCAACCGUGAGCAAGAAGAUCACGAUCUCGCCUACGCCCUUCAGCUACAGGAGGAGGAAGAUGACCGCCAACGGCGGGAACAAGAAGCUCGCCGCCGUGAGAAUGAUGCCUCUGAGCGUUAUGUCAGCAACUCGGAUGCCUCCGGCCGUCGAACCUUCCCUGGCUUUGCCCGCGGAGGACGAGGAGGAGCGCCGUUGGUGCCUCCCCGAGGUGGCAGUAUGGCCAAUACCGUCCACGGCACCGCUCGGCAAGCCCCUCCCCCCGCCACCAACUCCGCCCGACAAGCCCCUCCCGUGUCUCGUCGCCGCAACUCAUCAGAGGAAGCACCCCCACCGAGCUACGAGCAAGCAGCAAGAUCGCCAGUCUACAAUGCUCCGGACUAUAGUCCUACCUCCGCCCGUACGAGGGCAGCCUCCACGAACCAAUCUAGGCCUCAAGGAGUAAGGCAUAGGACUACUAGCUCAGCGUACGCUGAACAUGCCGCCGCUUUUCCAGGAGGUCCGUCGACGCAUGGGCCUCCGAUGCCAAGACGACCAACAGGUGAGGGCAGGGCAUAUGGGGAGAGAUAUGGACCAAGGCCUGGUGGAAGGGGAGGGCGAGGUGAGGAGAGGCUAGGGGAUGAGGAGGAAAGGAGGAGGGAUGGCAAAUGUACGAUGAUGUAG